CUCCAGACUCCCUUGCUGGUCAAGAGGACAGCGACGACUCGAACCAUCUCUUUCCCCUCUUUCUGCGAGAGUUUUUCUCUUGCACGCGGUGGGGGCGGACGUACACCUGAGUCCGCUCUUCGCUGUUGGAGAAAAACGGCAAGUUCUGUGUGAUUUUCGCGGGUGGUUGCGCCCUUUUCAGUUCUUGUUGUCUUCCUCAAAGAAAAAGGAAAACGGGGGGAAAUUCGAGUCUUUUUUUGAGGCGUCUGUCUCUCCCAAAUCCCUCAACUCGAGUUCCGCGCUCAGUCCCCACACGGCCCGCCGACCCUCAACGUCGAGUGUACAUACACCUGAGUCUUUUCGCUGUACCUACACCUCACUUUGAGUUUGAGUCAGCUGGAGCAGAUUGCAGGUUUCAGAGCGAACCUGGAAUCGUCCAAUAGCAGCAUCUCUUUUGCUGCUGAAUCUGCCAUCCCGCGUUUAUAACGGCUUCCCUCGACUUCCACGUCAUUCUUGGCCGUCCAUUCUUCCUUCUUCCUUUCUCUCUUCGUCAUCAUCGUCUCCAUCUGUUUCCUUUUCUUCUCGACACCUGCUUUGGCCGCCUCUUCUUUCCUUUCUCCUGUCUCCUACUUCUGUCGACCGCUCGUGUCUCCUCCUUUGUCUCUCUUUCAUCCACCUUUUCCUCCUCCCGCUCUUCUCUCUUCGUCCCCCCUCCCGGUCUUCUUCUCCCCUUUCUCUUCUCCUCCCCUUCCCGGUCUUCUCUCCGGCUCACAAUGGCGAAAGGACUUCGAGCGAAGAGCAAGCGGAGAUACCGCGCUGUGAAGAGACAGUGCGUCGCAAAGACAGUUGAGAAAGAACGCCUCGAGUGCCUCAGUGCACGGCUCCAGCUUCUACAGCAAGGCAACAACCUCGUCGACAUCGACAUUCGGCCUCCAAAUGCAUUCCUUCAUCCAGACACUGCAGGCGCCGUGUUUCCUCAGAAACUCCCCGGACCUCCUCCGCUGGACUUCCGCUGCGAAAAAGUCGGACUCUUGGCAGGACUCGCGAGCACGCACAACCGACGCAAGUACACCCCGGAGGAGGAAGAGGACUUUAUGCGGCUGUACGACAAUCUGCCUGGGAAGACAAACGAUCCGCGAACGCAGUCGCUGCGCAAGCAACUGCAUGCAGAGCGGACCGCUGUGGAGGGAGCGAUGGAGGACGACGGAGAGUCUGGUGAAGAGGCAGAGGGAGACGCAAGUGCGUCUUCCUCGGAAGCCGCCGCAGCUGGAGACGCGUACGGCUUGGCCGCGAGCAUGAUGAUGACGGACGCCAUGCGGACGAUGAUGGAGAGGCGCCGAAAGGAAGAGACGUCGAGAGUGCCGGUCAAAGUCAAUUUCCUCGCCGCCAAAAAGAAGGCAGAGGCCAAGGCGGCUUCCAGUCGAGUCCGCACAAAGCGACGCGGAAAGAAAGGCAAAUAAGCGAGCGGAGAGAACAAGCGAAGAAAAAGGGUGGAGGAGACUCAGGCAGGAAGGAAAGAGGGGAGAAAGGAAAGCGCAUGCAAUUGUUUCCGGUACAGCCGCGACCAUCGCUAGGCCAAGUAGGCUUCACCUUCUGCGAAGAAGGACCUUUUUCUUACCAGGUCUGUGUUUGUCGAAACCCGGUGUCUCUCUCCACAGCGAAAAGGUUUUCUUUGUGCUCAGCAACGAUGAAAAAAUUCCUUUUACACCCGAGAAACGUUCG